AAAUCAGAUCAAAGCCCCGCUCUUUCAACGGACUUUUUGUUUUUCAUCCAUACAACGAGUAGAAGCUUUAAAAGAAUUCUAUAUUUUCGAGUAAAAAGUGGUCUUCUAUAAAGUAACCUGUUGCUACUAUAAAUCCGCUACAUUUACUGUUUUAAAAAUAAAAUGACUCGUACAAAAAUUCGUCGAGUAGUGGGAAAAAAACGGGGAUCCGCAGAUGAACGCACCCGUAUUGAGAACAAGAUCAGAGACUUUGAAAUUCAUGUCGAUAUUGAACUAGCUAAUCUGGAACUUAGCUUUCGAGAGGAACUGGAUGGAAUAAAACGUUGUGUUGAUGCUUUGAAAAAAAGAAUUCCGACAAAAUUCCAAACGAUGACCAUUGAUCAGAUCAGAGAAUAUAAUGAAGAAGCUGAAAAAAUCGAAGCUUCGUUUUAUGCGGAUAAAACGACUCACUUGGCCAAUUUGAGUAUGUUUCUUGAAAAAUCGGCUAGAAAAAAGUCCAGGGAUGACGGUUACCUUACAGAGGAGAGCGAAAACCACGAACGUCUUUCGACAUUAUCCUCGAGCAGACGAAUGGGUCCCUUAAUGUCGGCUAAAUAUCGCCGUCGUAGUAAAUCGACAAGCGCCCUGGCUAACGGUAGCGUAAAUCACAGUGCUUUCCAAUGCACUACAACAAACAGAUCAGUUUUGGGAACAACACUUGGAACAAAUCAAACUGCAAAAGAUCGCGCUUCCAGGUCUAAAAUUAAGACACCGAUGGCUUAUCGUUCCAAAGCGAUAAGUGUUGACCGAGUAUACGGACCGAUUACUCCGAAAGUGCAGCCAAACAGUGCAAUGGCUAUCAUACGCCACGCCAGGUUAGGUGAAUCAGUUUAUUCGAUCACUGGAAGUCCGGUUAUUACUGCAAACAUGCUUGAAGCAACAGCAAACCUGAACAUCCCGGUACAGAACGGAAUGCUUGCUAUUCGGCCAACUGAAAUGGAUUCGGUCGAUCCGCAAAUUGUGAGCAGAAUAGACCCCAACGUGUUGAGCGAGCUAAAACAACUGCAGGAGAAUCUCAACGUGAUCAUGCGAACUCUCAGACUGUAACUUUGAUAAACUUACAAUUGUCCUACGUUAUUUUUUUUUAACUUUAUGUACACGACAAACGGUCGAAUGGCCGUGUUUUUCUUUCCUAUAUUUCUAUUAUAUAAAUUAGUUACAUAUAUUGUAGAUGGAUACUGCGAA